GGCUUCUUUGCCUGGCAUCAGCUCCGGGCGGCUGGCUGCACAACCCGUCCAUCUGCACAGAAGGAGGUCCAGCACCUGGCGUGUGCUUCUGGGACGGUGGGGGCGGCCCACGCUGUCGUGGUGGGAUGGGGCAGUUCCCCUCCACGGUGGCGCGGCGAAUCUGUCCCUGCCGCCGCAAGGAGGUCAAGGACGACAGUGCCGCUGCAGUCAUGUCCUUGCUGAAUGCUGCUGUCUUGACCUCCGCAUCCAAAGUGGGCGUCAAGGAGCCGCUCAAGAUGCCGGCAGAGGUGCGGAGCCUUUGCCUGAGCUGGAAUGGGGGCUGCAAGGCUACGCCCCGGUGGAUCGAUUUUCUUUGGGCAUCCCGACACCGAGCCCGACAGCGCGGGACGGUUGUUGCCAAAGUGCAACUCAGACGAUGA